CUAAUAUUUAAAGAUGAUGUGCUGGCUGAAGUAUGUAUCUUCAGAGGAGACUCAUAAUUAACAACUACUAGUUUCAACUCUAAUGGCUUCCUCAAACACAUCUCCAACAAGCUUUGAGACUCAAGUGGCAGAAUUUAUUAGGGCAAGGGGAGGUAAUGCAUCCGAGACAAAUUACCAAUACCCAUACCCUUCUCACGUGAACGCAGCGAGCUUUGUUUCUAUCAAGCUGCUAAGCAAAACCAAUUAUAGCCUGUGGCAAGAACAGAUGAUGUGCCUUGUAGAGAGUCAUGAUAUGCUUAGUUUCAUCAAUGGCACACUAAAAAACCCCAAGGAGCAUGCCACUUCUAACAAGCAAUGCGAUAAUACUAUGGAGGCCAAAUGUCGCGAAUGGAAAAGAUCGGACACGCUUGUGAAAGGAUGGAUUUUUGGUUCACUUAGUGAAAAUGUCAUGCAUACUGUUGUUGGCCUCUACACAGCCAACGACGUAUGGGAGAAGCUAAAGACUACUUACAGUACUCCGCCUGCUCCGACCACCACCACUGCGAGCUGCAGCAACACCAUCAAAAAAGAUGAGGCGGAGUAUCUCCCAUUAUAUAGAGCGAUUACAAGGAACGACUGGGAAAAAGCGCAUGAAAUUUUCAACCAGGACAAGGAUGCAUUGACUGCUAAACUCGAUAAUUUGGGGAGUAGAGCACUACACAUUGCAAUAGAGAAGGCGGAAAGCAUGCAGUUUCUUGAGAAUCUGUUGAAGGAGAUAAACCCUGAGUCACUUCCAACUCUGGUGACUAUUUAUAGCGGAAACCCACUUCACCAUGCUGCAGCUAUCGACAACACCAUGGCUGCAAAGAUGUUGGUGAAGAAAAAUCCAUAUUUGUUAUUUAGUUUGGACGGGAAUUCCUCCUUACCUAUCCAUACAGCAAGUUUAAAUUCUCAUAGAAGAACUUUCUUAUACUUGCUUGAUGCGUGCAAAAACCAUAUUCGUCUCUCCCAACAAGAUGGAUAUCACAGUCCCUUUGAGGGCAUAAACGGUGCUCGGCUUCUCAGUACUGCAAUUGAAUCAGGGUUUUUGGAGGCUUCAAAUGAGUUGAUCAAGGAUUACCCUGACAUGGCUAGAUCAAAGUGCAUCAAGGACAACGCACAUUGGGUACCACUCUGGUCUAUUUCGAGCAUGUGGGACUUGUAUCACAGUGGAACUCGAUAUAACUUCUACCAAAGAUUGGUUUACGCUUAUGUGCCGAUCGAGAAAAACCUAAUGCAUGAUACAAAUAAGAUCCAGGAUGUUGAGAACCAAGAGACUUAUAAGGCCAAGUUUCUGAGCAAGAGCAUGGAGACCUGCUUCUAUGUCAUCGAGAGGAUUUAUGUGAAAAUAUGGAAAGCUGCCCUACUAAAAGUGCCACACAUUAAGCAUCUCCAAGAGGAAAAAGUAAAACAUCAAGAAGCUCUUUUGGUACUGAAGUCUAUUUGCAAAGAAGUUGCUAAAAUAGACACGUUGAGUGAUAUUUGUGAACAUUAUCAAGAUUCACUAAGUAUUGCAGCACAUAAUGAUACUCCUGAAGUAAUAGAACAAAUCAUCCAAUACUUUCCAGGGUCAACUUUGGUCAUCAUCAAUGGUUGUACUCUUUUUCAAGUUGCAAUAAAAGAGCGUUGUGAGAAGUUAUAUAAUUUUUUGUUAUGUCAUAUGUCUUAUGACCAAUAUCGUUAUCAACAAGGUUGUGACAAAGUUAAAAAUAGUACAUUACACCUGGCUGGACAAUUGGCACCAACACACAAACUUAAUCGAGUUUCCGGUGCAGCGCUACAAAUGCAAAGGGAGUUACAGUGGUUUGAGGAAGUGGGGAAUUUUGUGAAACCGAAGUACAAGUAUCAAAAAAACAUAUCGCAAGAAACACCAAUUAUGGUUUUCAGAAGAGAACACAAGCAGUUGAGGAAUGAAGGAGAAGAAUGGAUGAAGAAGACAGCAGAUUCGUAUACAAUUGUAGCUGCACUCAUCAUUACCAUAGUUUUUGCAGCAGCGAUUACCGUACCUGGUGGAAACGAUGAUGUCACUGGGAAAGCAAUUUAUGAAACAAAACCUAGCUUCAUUGUAUUUGCAAUCUCGGAUGCAAUAUCUUUGUUCUCCUCAACCACUUCCUUGUUGUUGUUCCUAUCUAUUCUGACAACACGUUAUCGAGAGGAGGAUUUUCUCUACAGGUUACCAAAGAGACUAAUAUUAGGCCUUACAAUGUUAUUCUUGUCAGUAACCUCAAUGAUGGUAGCCUUUAGCGCAACCUUGUAUCUUAUGUUUGGGCAGGAAAAAGCAUGGAUCAUGAUUCCUAUAGCUACCUUAACAUGUUUGCCUAUUGCUUCGUUCGUGACACUACAACUACCGUUGCUUGUGGAUCUGAUAUCUUCAACAUAUGGCUAUGGAAUCUUUGUUAAACAGAGUGACUGUAAAAUGAAACAAUCUUGAACAAGACAAAAUGUUCCUAAAAAUCUACUUUUGUAAUUUGAGGAUAUAUAGAAUGUUAAUUUGUGAUUAGGAAAAAAAUUAUGUGAUGAAAGAUACCUUAAUAUGAUGGAUUGUUUUCCAUACAUAUAUCCAUUAUCAACAAAAUGUUUGAGUAGAAGGAUUAUUCAAGAUUUCAAGUGGA